AUGGCCACUCAAAGACUCGGUUCCAUCAUCUCCCAUCUCUCCCCCACCAAGACAGGUGUCGCUGCCAUCACUCAAAAGAACCCCGACGACAUCGUCAUCACCCUCGCUCUCCGCACACCCUUGGCCAAGGGCAAGAAGGGCGGCUUCAAAGAUACGGACCUCGACUACAUCGUCUACGCCUUGUUGAAGCAAUUCGUCGAGAAGAGCAAGAUCGACCCCUCACUAGUCGAGGACAUCUGCCUCGGCAAUGUCGGCGACAUCGGCGCCGCCUACAAGGUCCGCGCGGCCAUGCUCGCCGCCGGCUUCCCACACACCUCUGGCGCCAGCAGCGUCAAUCGAUUCUGCUCCUCGGGCCUGAAAGCAGUGCAAGAUAUCGCUUCACAGAUCACCACCGGCAGCAUCGACAUCGGCAUCGCACUGGGUGGCGAGAGCAUGUCCAACGCCACCGGCGGUGGAACUAGCUUCUCCCCCGAAGUCGAGGCCAACCAGGAAGCCGCCGACUGCAAGCAGCCCAUGAUCCAGACCUCCGAGAACGUCGGCAAUGACUUCAACAUCUCGCGCCGCCAGCAGGACGAAUAUGCCGUCGAGAGUUUCCGAAGGGCCGAGGUCGCGCAGAAGGCCGGCUGGUUCGACGAUGAGAUCGUCCCCAUCACCACAAAGGUCAAGGAUCCCAAGACUGGCGAGGAGAAGACCGUCACUUUGACUAGGGAUGAGGGUCCACGUUAUGGCACAACCCUCGAAAGUCUACUCAAGAUCAGACCUGCCAUGCCACAAUUCGGUGACAAGACGACCGGUGGAAACGCCAGUCAGGUCACCGACGGAGCCGCCGGCGUGCUCCUCAUGAAACGCUCCAAAGCCAUCGAACUCGGCCAGCCGAUCCUCGCCAAAUUCUGCGGCGCGACCGUCGCCGGCGUGCCCCCGCGAAUCAUGGGCAUCGGCCCCUCGGCCGCGAUCCCCAAGCUCCUCGGCAAAUUCCAGCUGACCAAGGAAGACAUCGACAUCUUCGAGAUCAACGAGGCCUUUGCCUCCAUGGCCGUCUACUGCGUCAACGUCCUGGGUCUGGACCACGCAAAGGUCAACCCCCGCGGUGGUGCGAUUGCCCUGGGCCAUCCCCUCGGCGCCACCGGUGCCCGCCAGAUCUGCACCAUCUUGAGCGAGGCCAGGCGGACCAAGAAGAAGAUCCUCGUCACCUCCAUGUGUAUCGGUUCAGGUCAGGGUAUGGCUGGUCUUUUCGUCAAUGAACAGGUAUAG